UUCUCAACGGCUAUAUCCAUCCACACUUAUUACAUUAUAAAAUUAAUUAAAUGCAAUAAUGUAACGCAUUAUAUUCUCCAACGGUCCAUUUUCCCGCAUUUCCCUAACCUUUCCUUUAUAACGCAAAACAGUUUCAUCUUCUACACUUAACACUUUAAUCCUCUCUUUCUCUCAAUUUCUCACUCACUACUUGUCUUUCUUACAUUACCGAGAAUAUGGAUCUUGUUGUUAUCACAGAGACUACUAUUCCGACGAAAAUCACUCACGUGAACAAGAAAUCCUCCGACGAAUUGCUCCGUAAGUUCGCCGAUCCUGACGACGUCGACGAGUCGUCAAAGUCAACGAAACGCCGGAAGAAAUCAGCUAAGAGUUCUUCUCGAGAGAAGGGCGUUGACAUCGAAAGUAACACUAGUGGCUUAGUGGAGAGGAAACGGCUCUUGCUUGCCCCGGCGAGUAAACGGAGAUCUCUGUUUAUCCGGCAGCUUGCUUCUGGAAAAUCACAUCUCAGGAACAAGUCUCUCGUCAGAACCAUCGGCAAGACAUGGCGUAAAACAAUGGAAGGAGCUUCAAGAGUUUUCAUCGAGAAGCAUUAUAACAGACACAGGCGUCUCACCAACGACGUCGUUUAAGCUUUUUCAAUCUUUUUUUCUUUUCUCACUAUUUUACAUUCGUUUGUAUUAUUCUCACGUUUAGUGUUACAUCUUUCUCGUCUUUUUUUUUCUUUUUUUUUUUUUCCGUUUUAACUCAAAUCACGAAAUCCUUUGCUCUUUUGACCAAACAUAGAAAUAUAUUUAAAAAAUCAGAUAUAUUUGAAAUCUCCCAUUACAAGUUUU